CCUAAUUACCUUAAUUUAAUUCAAACCACAGAAAUCUCUUCUUCUUCUCUUACCUGUUUUUUUUUUUCUUAAAAAAGAAAAAAGUUAUCGUCAAUGUCUGCUUCCGAUCUUCUUCUUCACACACUCUCCCAUACCCAAAACCCAUUACUACUCUCCUCAAACGACAAACCUUUCCCGACGAAUCACGUCGUACAAUCCUCGUCGUUACCCGGUUCCGAUUCCGGUCCGGUAAUCCCCACAACCCCUCUGGUCAGCUUUCUAGAAAGGGUCCAAGAAACCGCACUCCAAACAUUCGGAAAGUCAAACUUUGACCCGAAACUGUACGUGGAUUUGUCGUUGAAGACUGAUUUGACGGCCGCCGAGGCCGGGUUUGAUCGGGUCAGGGAAAGCGGGUCGGUCUCGGUCGAGGAUUUGAGGGAGUAUGUAGAGGAGUACUUCGAGGGUGCAGGGGAGGAUUUGGUGUACUCGGAAGCAGAGGAUUUUGUGGCAGAGCCAGAAGGGUUCUUGCCUAAGGUGAAGAAUGAAGAAGUGAGGAGGUGGGCAUUGGAGGUUCAUUCGCUUUGGAAGAAUUUGAGCCGGAAAGUCUCCGGCGAGGCACGGCGGCGGCCGGAGUUGCAUACUCUGCUACCUCUGCCUGAACCGGUCAUCGUUCCCGGUUCAAGGUUCAGAGAGGUUUAUUAUUGGGAUUCUUAUUGGGUGAUCAGGGGAUUACUAGCAAGUAAAAUGUAUGAUACAUCAAAAGCAAUUGUGAGUAACCUCAUUUAUCUCAUAGAAGAACAUGGCUAUGUACUCAAUGGUGCAAGAGCCUAUUACACAAAUAGGAGCCAACCUCCUCUCCUUAGUGCUAUGGUUUGUGAAAUAUACAAGAGGACUAAAGAUCUAGAAUUUGCUCAAAAAUCUCUCCCUUCUUUAAUCAAAGAAUAUCAUUUUUGGAACUCAGGUAUACAUAGUGUGACCAUUCAAGUUGAUGAAGCUUGUGAUCAGAAUUUAAGUAGAUAUUAUGCUAUGUGGAACAAACCCAGACCUGAGUCUUCAACCAUUGACAAAGAAUCUGCUUCAAAGAUUGCAAAUUUUGCUGAGAAGCAGCAUUUUUAUCGCGAAAUAGCGUCAGCUGCUGAAUCGGGAUGGGAUUUUAGCACGAGAUGGAUGAGGGACCACAAAGAUUUUACUACACUGGCCACAACUUCAAUCUUACCUGUGGAUUUGAAUGCUUUUAUACUUGGGAUGGAACUGAAUAUUGCCUUCUUGGCAAAAGUUACAGGAGAUGAUACCAUCUCUGAGCAGUUUUCAAAGGCUUCUCUAGUGAGAAAGAAGGCAAUGGAAUCUGUUUUCUGGAAUGGUGAGAUGGGACAAUGGUUUGAUUACUGGCUCAACCGAAGCUCCUGUGAGGAGGCUGAAACAUGGAAUGUUGAGAAUCAGAACCAGAAAAUAUUUGCUUCCAACUUCAUUCCCUUAUGGAUAGAGACGUUUCGUUCAGAUGGUUUUGUGGUAGAAAAAGUGAUGAGAAGUCUUCAAAGUUCAGGUCUUCUUUGUGCCUAUGGAAUAGCAACUUCUCUGACAAACUCAGGAGAACAAUGGGACUUUCCAAAUGGGUGGGCUCCAAUCCAACAUAUGAUUAUUGAAGGUUUGGCAAAAUCAGAAUCAAAAGAAGCAAGAUCAAUGGCUGAGGAUAUUGCUGUGAGGUGGAUCAGAACUAAUUAUGUGACCUACAUGAGAACACAAACUAUGCAUGAGAAAUACAAUGUGGAAAACUGUGGAGACUUUGGAGGUGGUGGUGAAUAUGUCCCCCAGACUGGUUUUGGUUGGUCGAAUGGAGUAGUAUUGGCGUUGCUGGAAGAGUUUGGAUGGCCUGAAUACUUAAGGAUCGACAUUUGAUUUUCUUACAGAAGAACUUUAGAAUUUUCCAAAUUGAGUUCUCAAUAUUGGAAAUUGAUCAUUCUGUAAGUAGCUAAGUAGCUAUGAUUAGGGUUCAAGGUCUACUAAUUGGGCUAGUGGCAUGGUUGUCUAUAGGAUUAAUUGGAUGAUCUAGUUGAAAACAUAUUUAUUGCAGUCAUUUUUUAUUUUAAUAUAUUUUUCUA